AUGCCUUUCUCACUCUCUAGUAUCAUCGCCUCGGCAACCCUUUUCGGUGCUGCCCUCGCCGCCCCCUCCGAAAUCGUCCAGCGUUCCGCACUCUCCUCCCGAGCCGGCUUCGACUGCAGCAGACUCGCACCUGGCCUCAGCAAGCCCGACUGCGAGCACAUGUCCAAGAUCGGCAUGGCCGGCCAGGGCUUCAACCCCCAGGCCCCCAACGGCCAGAUCUGGAUCGGCAACCAAGGCCCCAACAAGUUCGUCUUUACCAACAAUGCCGCAGGCCCCAUUACCGUGAUUGUUUGGAACCAACCUCCUGGCGACUUCCAGUCGAGCUUCAUGAAUGCCCGCAGGUCGCAGGUGUCCUACUCGCUAGCCAAGCCGGGUCAGAGCGUCACUGUGUCCAUUGCCAACGGCGUGUCCGGUGGCUUCGCCCACCUGAUUAGCCAGAAGACGACCCUUUCGCAAAAUGGGCAGGUCUUCAACACCUGGGGCGAGUUCACCACGGGCGGGACAGAUGCUACCGUCGAUGUCUCCCGUGAAGUCAACAUGAGCGGCAACGCCAUGAGCAUCAAGACGCCCACCUGUUUGUCCGAUAUGAACACGUGCGUUUUUACAUGUAAGAGCGGAAAUACCUGCGGCUUGCUUGAUUCUUAUAACCUCCUAAACUGCGCCCCUGGCAGUCAGGUUGGCGCCAACUUUGGCUUGAACCCGAAGAACCAACCGGAGGGUGGUUGCCGAGGCUUCCCCAAUGGCGGCACUAUCCAGGUCAGCCUGGGCAAAUGAGAGACGGCUCUGAUCCUUUUGUUUUCUGUUUGUCAUUUAUAAAGCGUUUUGUAGGUUCCUUACUUGUUGAGCGUUCUUUAUGUUGGUUUGGCGUUUGAUUGGCUCUUUUGUAUUGGCGUUUUUGGUAGGACUGGGUAAUGUUUCUUUUAUGGAUGCCAGCAGCAUACACUUCAUGCUACGAUUUUGGUGCGCACUCAUUUGGAUACACUCAUUUUAUUUGAAAAGAAUCUUUUUACUC